AUGCUGAGACUAAUCGCCAGCACUAGUAGACGUUCACUGGGCUCGAAGGGAGUGCAAUUUACGAUAGUUCGCUCGUUAAAUGCCCAAACAACGCCCUUGGUGUUGAAGGACAAGUCUAAACCACUUCGCAUUGAAAGAGAUCUGCCGGACCCAACGAAAGACCGGUUUAAAAAUAGGAUACAAUUGGGUUUGUUUGCAGUAGCCAUAACUGUAUCACUCGCGUGCAUUUUCAACUACGAGAAAACUCAAUCACCUAUUGUUUCGAACUCUUUGUACCAUAUGCGCAGAUCCCAGGCUAUCCGCGACCUAAUGGGGGACAGCAUCGACUUCGAUGGGCUAGUGCCUUGGGUUUACGGAAAUCUGAAUCAGGUUGCUGGAAAAGUGAAUAUUUCUUUCUACAUUAGAGGUUCCAAAGAUGUCCAGGGUAUUGUGAAAUUGGUCGCAGAUAGAGAAAACAAACAUCAAGAGUUCCUCAUUCACGACUGGAGUGUGUCUGUGGGUGAUGAAACUAUCGAUCUGCUAGCAGAAGGAGGAACUAGGACAUUGUGA